UCCACCAUUUAAAAACUUGCUCUGUAGGGCCACCGAGUCCUCUCUCUCUCCCUCUCUCUCAGCAGCCUAGGCAGAGGAGACAUAGACCAUCAAUGGCGGCCCACCUUCUCUCCCUCCGCACUCCCCACUUCUACUUCCAACGGUCGGAUUUGUCUUCCCGCCAAGUCCCAACCAGACCCUUAACGACCUGUACAUUUACUUCAGUGCCUUAUGAUCCUUCGUCGUCGUCAACAUCAUCUUCAAGCAGUGCAAAUAGAACCCAAACCUUUCUCUAUCUUCCUUUAAUCACCGAAAGACCCAACUCGACUCGGUCCGUGACGGCUCGGUCGCACUUGAAUCUCCCUCUCGUUUCUCCUAAUGACCACUGGGGUACCUGGACCGCUCUCUUCGCCACCGGUGCUUUCGGUCUCUGGUCGGAGAAGACCAAGAUCGGAAGUACAUUGAGUGGUGCUUUAACGAGCACUUUGAUAGCACUUGCAGCAAGUAAUUUGGGGAUUAUUGCGAAUGAAGCUUCCGCAUAUUCAGUUGUGUUGGAGUUUCUGCUCCCAAUGGCUGUACCAUUGCUGUUGUUUAGAGCAGAUUUGCGCCGCGUGAUAAAGUCGACUGGGACACUUCUCUUGGCUUUCUUGAUAGGCUCAGUUGCAACAACAGUUGGAACAGCGGUGGCAUAUGCGUUAGUUCCAAUGCGAUCACUUGGUCAAGAUAGUUGGAAAAUAGCAGCUGCACUCAUGGGCAGACAUAUUGGUGGAGCUGUCAAUUAUGUUGCCAUUGCUGAAGCCCUUGGUGUUUCUCCAUCAGUUUUAGCUGCUGGACUAGCUGCGGAUAACGUUAUUUGUGCAGUAUAUUUUACGACGUUGUUUGCAUUAGCUUCUAAGAUACCCCCUGAGACAUCAAAGUCAACCAAUGAUGUUGCAAUGGAUGUGGAAUCGGAGCCUGGCAACAAACUGCCUGUGCUACAAAUGGCUACUGCACUUGCUGUAUCAUUUGCCAUCUGCAAGGCUGGCGCUUUUCUCACAAAAUAUUUUGGAAUUCAAGGGGGCAGCCUCCCAGCCAUAACGGCUAUUGUUGUUAUUCUAGCAACUGCAUUUCCAAAGCAGUGUGGUUAUCUUGCACCAUCUGGAGAGGCUAUGGCUUUGAUAUUAAUGCAGGUAUUUUUUGCUGUGAUUGGUGCUAGUGGGAACAUAUGGAGUGUCAUAAACACGGCACCUAGUAUUUUUCUGUUUGCUCUUGUCCAAAUAGCAAUCCAUCUUGCUGUGAUUCUCGGACUGGGAAGGCUCUUUCGCAUCGAUCUGAAGUUGUUACUCCUGGCGUCAAAUGCCAACGUCGGAGGUCCUACGACGGCAUGUGGGAUGGCCACAGCAAAAGGAUGGACUUCUUUGGUUGUUCCUGGCAUUCUUGCAGGCAUCUUUGGAAUUGCUAUUGCAACUUUUCUCGGCAUUGCAUUUGGUGUGACAGUCUUAAAGUUCAUGUAAUUUUUUCUAUUUUCAACGCCAAAACUGGUGCAUAUGUGUAACCAACCAAUAAGAGAAGCAACAUACUUGGAAAUAUUCAGUUGGGAGUUUAGAGCAAAACCCACUGUUAAUAUCUCCUUGUUCAAGUUCAACAUCCUAGUGAGAUCAUGGAUAUAUGAUUAAAGAUUCGGCUUAAAUGCUGUAAGAAGAUUAUAAUUUUUUCAUCGGUCCAAA